AUAGCAGUCCAGUCGAUCUGUGCUAGUUGACGGGAUUGGUGGCAAAAGGUGUAACUGUAUAGUUGCACACUAGCAAAACUAUUAGAAAACAAAAAUACAUAACCGUUCCUCGUUUGUGCGUUCGUUUGCUUUCGCCAUUGAUCGAGUGCUGGAUUUUAGUUUUUGCGGUUACUGUGUAUGUAAAAUAUAGCGUUUGAUAGUGUUCAGAUUGGGCUGAAAUCGUUCCGUGACGUGGUGUGCUGUUUGGAAUUAAAACAAACCAUCAUAAAAGUUUGUGUCGGCUUCCCAUUUGUGACAUCACAUUGUAUCGUUAAAACAGGUGAAACGAUGUUGCAUAAAAAUUCAAGGAAACCCCUGGAGGCUGAAUUUUAUCAAGCUUCAAAAGGAAUAGUUUUGUGGUGACCUAAGACACGAUGUUAUCAACGAAGUGAAAUGUGGUUAUGUGAAUUUAUAAAAUCAGUGUAGUAUUUUGGUGUAAUAAAUUCUUUAUUCAGUACGAACUUGAUACGUGUGAAAGCAAUGCUUUGUUGCGUUACAGUCAAUACAUUUUGGCUAAUAUUAUUAGUUUGUAUAUUUAUUCGCCCAGCUUUAUUUUCCGAAGUAACAGUAAUAACCGAUCCGAAGUUCAGCACACCCAUAUCUAAUGUUACAGCCGCCGUUGGACGCGAAGCGACCUUAACAUGUGUAGUGCAUGAUCUAGGUGCUUAUAAGGUCGCUUGGUUACGGGUCGACACACAAACUAUCCUUACCAUCCAAAAUCAUGUCAUUACGAAAAACAAACGCAUUGGAAUUACAUAUACUGAGAAAAAAACUUGGCAACUACGCAUCAAGGACAUCCGUGAAACAGAUCGAGGAUGGUAUAUGUGCCAAAUCAAUACGGAUCCAAUGAAAAGUCAGAUGGGUUACUUGGAUGUUGUAGUGCCACCGGACAUACUGGACUAUCCAACGAGCACCGACAUGGUGGUACGAGAAGGCAGCAACGUGACGCUCCGUUGCGCUGCUGUAGGUUCACCUGCCCCCGCAAUUGUGUGGCGCCGUGAGGCUGGAGAUAACAUCUCACUUCAAGACGGUGAACAAGUAUCAUCCGUUGAAGGUCCAACGUUUACAAUACCAAAAGUCAAUAGACUGCACAUGGGUGCGUAUCUGUGCAUUGCGUCAAAUGGAGUACCACCAUCAGUAAGCAAACGGGUAAUGUUGAUCGUACACUUUCCUCCUAUGAUAUGGGUACCUAAUCAACUGGUUGGAGCGGUUGAAGGUCAACGGAUGACUCUUGAAUGUCACUCGGAAGCAUACCCUAAGUCAAUUAACUACUGGACCCGUGAGAAGGGAGAUAUUGUUCCCCAAGGUGGCAAGUACGAGCCGGUUCUGAUAGACAACGCCUACAAAGUGGUCAUGAAGCUUAGCAUCAAGGUUGUGAGCCUAGCCGAUUUUGGUGCCUACAAAUGUAUCGCCAAAAAUUCCCUAGGGGAAACCGACGGAACCAUCAAACUAUACAAGCUACCAAAAAGUGCUAUAAACUCAGUAGAAACAGUGGAUAGCAAACGAAGAAAUAAAUCACGAAAAGGUAGCCAUUUUUAUGAAGCUAAUGAUUUCAUCGAUGAAGAAAUGGAUAGCAAUAGCAAAAGAAAAGAUUUAAUAAUAGGUGGUAAUCGAAAUGAUGACAGCUACGAAAUAUCAACAACCGGAGUCAGUGGGGCUGUGUGUUUGAAAGAAAUAAUAUUCAGAAAUAUGAAAACUAUUAUAACUGUAGUUGCUUUGCUUUUUGGUUGGAAUAUAAAAGCAACAUGACAUUUAGAAUGAGAUAGCACAGUUAGCCAACUGUAAAACAAAAUUUUCGAAUGUUUAGAUUCAGUUUGGCAUAGCAGAUGCUAUUUUUCUGUUGAAAGCUAUAAUUAUAUGUAGUUGAUUUGAUCAGAUUAUUUGAUUAAAUAUGUUUAAAUGAUUCAAACCAUGUUGCUACAAACUAAACAAAGAAAAAAUAGUAGGGAAAUAUACGCUAGAAAAGAAAAUUAGCUAGUAAUUGUAAAUAUGCUGCUAUCAAUAAUAAGUUACAUCCAAACCAACAAACAAAAGCAACAUCGAUACAUAUCCUUAGAGUAAAUAAUAAUAUAAAGGAAGAAAAACUCAACCGAAAUCUAAUGCUUGUAUUACAAAAAUGCAUGACAUAUCGGCUUUAUAAGCGUGCAUGAGUAUCAUAUUGAGGAAAUGUAGGUAUAAAGGAACUGGAACUUAUCACAAGCGAAUUGUAACGCUUAUUGUCAGGUAAAAUGUUAUGGAAUAAAAUAUUUUUAUGGAAAUAAAUAGAAAGACGAUACAAUACGAAUUUAGUCAUAUAAUGUAAUUCUCGCAAAUGCGAGGGCUGUAACAAAAACUUGCCCUUUAUAACUUAAAAAAAUAUUCUGCACUAAACUAACUAAACUAACUAAAGCUCAUCACAAAUGAUUGGAUUUUUUUAAAUAGUGAACGAAGCAGAAGUAGACGUUUAAAACGACAUGAUACAGGUAGGAUCAAAUCGAUUUUAGUGGAGGACGUAUCCGUUUACAAAUCCUCUUCAUAGGAUGGGUAUACCUAUCGGUUGGUACCGUUCACUCAUUCAUAUUGGAGACUGUUCAGUUUAUAAUUACCUGGUGGGUAGACAGUAAGAGCUUGAUCUCUUUUGCCACGAUCUUCAUAGGGAAUCUCACACCUCGAUAUCCUCAACAUACGCGUAACGAGCUCACAGAGAGAAAAUGCAGGUUUUCAAAUAACGUUUUGAUAUGUUUGUAAAAACUUCAUAUUUUUGUCUCGUUCCAUGAGUUAAUUAUAAUAGAUCUAGCCCUUCGUGUUUUACAAAGAAAGUUUAUAUUUACAAAAAUAGAAAAGUAUUUUUCUUUUCUAUAAAGUUUCACUGCUUUUGACUGAAAAAUGUUUCUUUGCGUGAAUUUGGUUGUCAAAAGUGGGGAUUAGCAAGCGUGCCAAUUACCAAGCGUAUACUGUACUACUGUUACAUGACAAGAUUGUUUGUUUGUUUUUUUUUUUUCAUAAGGAGACCAUACCUAUUCACCACAUGUGAGGCUGUUUUAUAAAAUAUAUUUAAUAACCUAGUUCCACCAGCCUGAAAUAUUUUUCGGAACAUGAAUGGAAUAAUCUGCAGUAUGCAGUACGCAAUACUAGAUAAAUGCGUAUUUGCAGCAAGCAAUCAGUUUGAAUUGACAGCUUGAUAUGUUUUUCGUGAUUAUUUCGUUCAUUCGGUUUAGUGUAAGGCUUGAGUGUGAUUUAUUUAUGUUUUGAAUUUAACUAAAAUUCAAAUGCAUCUUAUUUCAAAUAGAAAAAAAGCUUCUCAAUUUCCCCCUCCUUACCAAUUACCAGAAGUUGUAAAACUUUUUCAAGUAACAGAUUAUUCUGAAGUAACUCAUAAACCAUGCAACCCUUGUUCAGAUUUUUGCCUUUUUAUAUAGUUCAACAUGGGAGAUCAGUCGUGCUGUCAUCUGAACAAUAUUAUAAUAUAUCUGUUUUUUGCCACAUCAAGUCAGUUUCAGUCAUGACAGUAGUAACUUGUAUUAAUUUUUCUUCCAAGCAAAAUGUAUUGAUUUGUAUUGCAAAAUGUAUUGAAUGUAUUUUAAACAAGUAAUUAGCGAGUACAUCACCUACAUGAAGAAAUAAUGCUACUUAAUGCCGUAAAAACUAUGACAGUUAGAAACAUCUAAUUUAGUGAUGGGAGUUCCGAAUUGGAUUCGUGAAUCCACCCCGACAACGAUAUUCUUAAUCCGGAUCCGACUCCAAAAUAAAUAUGGCUUCGAAUACGGCUACUCCGAGCGAAUACAGGUCCAAUUGACUCCAAUUUAAUCCGGAUCAUUCCGAUUGAAACCUAAUGGCUCCUAUUGAAUUCGUUUUGCUCGGAACCGUGCUUAAUACGUAAGGCAAAAUAUUAACACUACAAAAGCAAGCUUGCAAGAAACCCUAAUCCCAAGCUAUAUUUGCUGUUUUCAUCAGCAAAACUUCGAUCGUCUAUCUGCUUACCGACCAAAACCGUAUACUGGGUUUUCUAUGGGUUUCCAGUUGUUUCCAGAUUUUUGAUAAAGUUGAAUUGGUAAAUUUCGUGAAUUAUUGUUUACUUGAUUAUUUUAUUUGGAUUCGCUCAACGAUUGACUUUGCAUUAUCCUAACAUUUUUCAAGUAAAUUAUUUUGUUUAAAUUUCUAAAAUUUUAAUUUUGAGCAACGUUCAAUACAUUGUUUAAUAAUUCAAAUAAAUAAUUUAAUCAAAAUAAUUUCUGGAAGCUAAUAAUAAAUAGUGAGCUGAGCCCAAACCCCACGGAUAAAUCUGGAGUUGAUCUCCGGAUCAAUUGCCUUCAGGUUCAUUUUGCUCAUCACUUUAGCUAUUGAGCGUUGUUUUAAACACUUAAUAGUAAGACGGUCAUUUAUCAGUGCAAUGUUAUUGGAAUCCAUUGCCCAUUUACUAUCAUAAUUCAGUGACAGUAAGAUUGUAAGGAAGAUAAAUUUAAGAACAAGUUGAGCUCUCAGUUACCUCACAUUUCCACGGAAUUACGGAAACUAGAUUAAACAAAACUAAGCGCUAUAUCCGAG